AUGAGUGUCGAGGCAAGGCAAAGCACAUUGAGACUGCCCAUUAGCACGAUAAAUGUCAUUCUUGCCGCUCCAAGAAGAACUGGCUCCCAUCCUUUCAGAGUGAUGUCAAUGGCCCGACUCCCCGUUGAAACUGACGACCGGGAGUCUAAGAGGGCUAAAGGGAUGGCCUUGCCCAUACUCGGAUUCUCGAAUGAGGAUAAAGUUGGAACCAUCCAGCCCCAUGACGAUGCUCUAGUCGUCACACUCAGGAUUAGGGGAUAUGACGUGAGGAGGGUGCUAGUCGAUCAAGGUAGUGCCGUGGAGGUAAUGUACCCCGACUUGUAUAAGGGGCUAAAGCUGCGACUAGAAGACCUGACAGCAUAUGACUCCCCUUUGGUGAGUUUCGAAGGGAAAAUUAUUACUCCGAAAGGCCAGAUUAGGCUGCCUAUACAAACAGGCUCGAACAUAGUGGAGGUGGACUUCAUAGUGGUGGACGCAUAUUCGCCCUAUACCGCCAUUGUAACCAGACCGUGGCUACAUGCCCUAGGAGCUGUAUCAUCAACCCUAUACCAAAAGGUGAAGUACCCGUCGGAGGGUCAGGUCAAAGAAGUGAUGGGGGACCAAGUCAUGGCCCGACAAUGCAUAGUGUCUGCCAUCUCGCGACGACUGAGUACUGAGCCCUCUACCUCUGCCGAGAAUGGCUUAUAG